AUGGUCUUCAAAUUCGCCACGGUCGCUCUUACUGAAGAUCCUCUCAGUUUUGAUUCAGACUCGCCGCCUCCUUCUCGAUCAUGGGCAGUUUGCCUGCCGUAUAUUCCCGGUUGCAGCUUCAAGAAACCCACAACAUCCCGCCAGGCUGCUACUGGGGCUUCGCUGCGUCAGACAAUCCAGUCUUCUGAACCUGGUUGUUCAUGUUGUAGGCCAAGUGAAUCUCUCCAGUUUCCUGGUUCUGAUCUAGAGGUUCACCAAGGACGCCUUAAAAUGUUCGCUUUCCGUGAACUGCAGGCAGCAACCAACCACUUCAGCGAUGAAAAGAUUGUGGGUAGGGGUGGGUUUGGUCGUGUAUAUGAAGGACUCUUGGCGGAUGGCUCUCGAGUGGCCGUCAAAAGACUCGCCAAGCAUUCCCAUUUUGAAAUGAGAGAGCUCCAUGCAGAAGUGAAAGUGGGUAACAUGCCCCCGCAUCAGAACCUGGUCCCGGUUCUCGGCUUUUGCUCAUCGUCGGAACUGAAAGAGUACAUGCUCGUGUAUUCCUUGAUGCUUAAUGGAAGCUUGUCCUCGUUUCUUGGAGGACCACCGUCAAUGAAGCUCUCGCUUGAUUGGCCCACCAGGAAGAAGAUAGCUGUUGGAGCUGCAAGAGGGAUUUCCCAUCUGCACGAUCACGGCGUAAUCCAUCGGGACAUCAAGCCCCAUAACAUCCUGCUGGGCGAGAACUUUCAGGUUAGUGUUGGAGAUUUUGGGAUGGCCAUCUUCAUGGACAAGGAUGAAGAGAAGGGUGUUUCCAAGGAAGCCAGCUUCUUUAGCCUCAGCUUUCUUCGCACCCAAAUAGGCGGGACUUAUGGUUAUCUUGAUCCAGAGUACUCCAAGAGUGGAAUGUGCUCAGGAAAGAGCGAUGUCUAUAGUUUUGGCGUGACCCUUCUCGAACUCAUCAGCGGUCGUAGUGCUCAAAGAAGGAUCAGUCCUCCGGGGCUGCUGCUACCUGAAUGGGCAGGCAUGCUUGUCAAAGAUGAAGAGUGGGGAAGGUUAGUUGAUGCAGACAUGCCGAGCGGGUAUAAGGAAAGCGAAGUCAAGAGAAUGAUCCAGCUAGCUCUAGUUUGCACGCACCUUUCCCCUGAAAGACGACCUGAUAUGACGGAAGUAGUCCAAAUUCUCGAAGGGGCGGUCAGCUUGGAGAAGAGAUGGGAGGAGUACUGA